AUGUCUCUAGAAAAGUCCCGGAGGACGAGACGGGAAAUUGCCGGGUGGAUGCACGGAGUACAGAGGAAAAUACGACCGGCACAGCAGAUGGGCAUGGGUGUAGAGGAUUGGGGAUGUGAGAUCGGAAGCGCCUUAGAUGUCGAGAAACCAGGGACAAAGACAACGCGUGAACACGGUAAACGCCAUGUGGAUCUCGUUAGUCGGUGGAAAAUUGGCCGUAAAGUAGAAAUUUCCACUACAGGUUGA